AUGGCCACCGGCAAAAAGGGCGAGAAGACGCUGCACUUUGGCGCGCGUCUCAAGUACCCCAUCAAAAUCACAAAGCUCUACAAGACCCCCGGCGACACCAUCCGGCGCCAGGAACCCGUCCUGCAGUACUCGUACGAGUACACCAUGGAGCUCCCGCAGGACCGCGAGACCCUCGAGCUCCAGCAAAAAACACUCACAAGCAUCACCGACUGGAACGCGCCCGAGGACGGCACGCUUCUCGCCUGGAACGUGCGCGUCGGCGAGGUGGUCGCGCGCGACCGCGCCUGUGUCACCGUCGAGGAGGCCUGCACCCACGAGAUCCAGUUCCAGGGCCUCUGCGCCCUCUGCGGCAAGGACAUGAACGAGGUCAACUGGGCCAGCGAGCAGCGCGACACCGACCGCGCCCCCAUCAACAUGACCCACGACCAGACGAACCUGACCGUCAGCCACACUGCCGCCACGCGCGCCGAAAAGGAGCUGCAAGAGCGCCUGCUGCAGCAGCGCAAGCUGAGCCUCGUCGUCGACCUGGACCAGACCAUCAUCCAUGCCUGCAUCGACCCCACCAUUGGCGAGUGGCAGCAGGACGCGUCCAAUCCAAACUACGAGGCCCUGCGCGACGUGCAGCGCUUCCAGCUCGAGGAGGGCCGGCACGGCGGCGUCGCGCGCGGCUGCUUCUACUACAUCAAGAUGCGCCCCGGCCUGGCCGACUUCUUGGCCGCCAUCGCCAACCUGUACGAGCUGCACGUCUACACCAUGGGCACGCGCACCUACGCGACCAACAUUGCCAAGAUUGUCGACCCGGAGCAGCGCCUGUUUGGCAACCGCGUCAUCAGCCGCGACGAGAACGGCAACAUUGUCGCCAAGUCGCUGCAGCGCCUGUUCCCGGUCAGCACGAACAUGGCCGUGAUUAUGGACGACCGUGCCGACGUGUGGCCGCACAACCGCCACAACCUGAUCAAGGUGAGCCCGUACGACUUCUUCAAGGGCACGGGCGAUAUCAAUUCCAGUUUCUUGCCGAAGCGGGACGACCUGCCGGCGGCAUCGUCGUCUUCAUCCGCGGCCGCCACCGCGGCCGUGCCCGCCGCCGCCGCAGCAGCAGCAACCACCCCGACAUCCACCUCCGCGUCCACCUCCGCGUCCACCUCCGCGUCCACCUCCACAUCCACCACAUCCACCACAUCCGACGCUUCCACGGUCAAAAAGGACGACAACGAAGUGACCGCCUCCCCCGCGUCCACCGCCGCCUCCACGGCCGUCUCCAGCGCCGACACAGCCUCACCUGCUGCUGCGACACCGGCCACAUCCGUGUCCAACGGCAGCACGCCACCGCCCAACGGCGCAACGCCCGUCCGUGGCGACGAGAACACAAUCGACGUGGUCCUGCUUCAAAAACAGACGGAAGAGCAGGAGCGGGCGAUUGAAAAACAGAUCAAGGACCGGCCCCUGCUGCAUAUGCAGGAACAGCUCGACAAGGAAGACUCCGCCAAAGCGUCGACGGCGUCCUCGGACGGUGGCGAGACCGAUGCCCAGGCCACACAACGGCACUGCGUCCUCUUCGACGACGACACGGAGCUCGGCUAUCUCAAAGAGCACCUGACCAAGCUGCACCACGAGUUCUACGAAAAGUACGACGAGGAGCGCGGCGCCUCGACGUCGCUGAUUGUGGACGCCGUCCCCGACGUGGGCGAGAUCCUCGACCGGCUCAAGGGCCAAGUGCUGGAGGGCUCGACCAUUGUGCUGUCGGGCCUGGUGCCGCUCGGCAUGGACGUGGAGCGGUCCGAGAUUGGCAUGCAGGCCGCCAGCUUUGGCGCCAAGCUGCAGCGCCAAAUCUCCCGCAAUGUCACGCACCUGGUGAUUAGCAGCGACCGGCCGCGGACCCAAAAAGUGCGCCAGGCAGCGCGGUUCCCGAGCAUCAAGAUUGUCAACCAGAACUGGCUGAUUGACUGUUUCAGCCAAUGGGACCUCGUCGACGAGACACCGUACCUCGUCGACAUUCACCCAGCCGACCGCAACCAGCACGGCGCCGUGUCUGGUACCGCCAACGGCGGUUCGCAGCUCGGUGGUACAGAUACCGAGACGAUCUCGGAUGCCGAUCUCGAUGGCGAUGCCGACGACAGCGAAAACGACAACGAAAACAACGAGAGCAACGAGAACGGCACGCCGGGUCUGCGCAUCCAUGUUCCCGGUCGCCGCCGUCGCCCUGGUGAGGGCGACGAAGACGAAGACAGCCACGGAGACGUCGGCGAGUUUGACGAGUUCCACAACAGCGACGGGAUGAGCCCGAUUGCUGAGCUCGGCACGUUCGACUGGGGCUCGGCGGACGACGAGCUGGAAAUGUUUUUGGCCGAGGGCGACGACGAAGACGACGACGAUGGUGACGGCGACGAGCGGGACGAAUCCGACUACGGCGAGGACCAUGACCACGACGGCGACAACGACGUCGACAUGGACCGCAACGGCGACGCAGACGCUAACGGCAGCCUGCUGUCGACGUCGUCGAAACGGAAACACGGCAGCGGCAGCAGCGGUGGCAGCGGUGGCAGCGGUGGCAGCGGUGGCAGCGGCGGUGGCAACGACACCGACACCGACGGCGAGCGAGCGUCUCUCCGGGGACGCACGCUCCUGGCCAAACGCCAGAAGCUGGCCUCCCGCAGCCGCAGCGCCUCCCAACGACGCGCCGCCGCCGCCGCCGCCGCCGCCCUGGCUGCCUCGUCCGGUACAGGGAGUGGCAAUGCCAGCGGCGGCGAGUCGACACACCCUCUCCGGCAGCAGACCAACUCGUCGUCUGUUCCGUCUGUCCCGUCGUCUGUCCCAUCGUCUGUCCCGUCCAAACCACCGACGUCGGCCCCCGCCCCGUCCGCCAGCGUGGACAUUGACGAGGACGAGCUCGAGGCGAUGCUGAUGGCCGAGCUGGACGAAGAAGAGGCAGCCGCAGCCGGCGUCAGUGGCGGCGUUAGUGGCAGUGGCAGUGGCAGUGGUGGCGGCUAG